AUGGGCAACGAUGCGAUAGCGUUCGCCAAUGGGAAAGUGGUCUGUGGUCGGUGGAAAGUGCUUGCACGACUCGGUGCAGGAGGCUGUGGCAGCGUGUACAAAGUCGAAGAUCUUCAAAGGAAGGGCUACAUUGCCGCACUCAAGGCUGAGGCGAUAGUCGAGGACGACAGUGGCGUUUUGAAACUUGAAGCUGCCGUGUUGAAGAAGUUAGCCAACAGAAAGAACGUUAUACGAUUGCUGAUGGCCGGAAAACGGUCGAAGUAU